AUGUUCUCUUCCAAUGGCAUGCGUAUUGCCAUCGCAUUCCGCACCCGAGAAGUUUCGGUGUGGGCGAUUUCAAGACCAGGUCUUACUGCAGACUCUUGGUCCGCUGUUGCCAAUGUUUCCUUUGAGCUUGAAGCUUUGGGAUCUUUUGAGCUGCAGACACGCUUGAUGCACGAGGCAGAUGCGUUCGCGUUGUGCUUUCAUCCGGCGCGGCAAGAACUGGCGGUCGCACUGGCCAACGGGAUGGUGAUCCUUUGGGAUUUAGUCGAAGGCCAGCAACGAGCUUCCUUGCAGGGCCACAGCGGCAAAGUUUUCAGCAUCAGUUUCUCAGCGGAUGGCACACGCUUGGCCUCUGCAUCUGGUGAUGAGAUCAGGUGGUACGCCAUUUGGCACAUUCCGGGAAUCCAAAGGUGGCGCAUUGCUGGUGUCCACUGGGGUGUGGAGAACCUGGCCUACAGUGCCAUCCUCCAUUUGCACCGAGGCGAGCGCAUUUUCGGUUGGACCUUCACCCAUGACCUUGAAGCCCGGGAGUGUUCAAAGAAGGAGUUGGAGCUCACUGCACUGUCAAGCGUGGAAAAGGAAGAUCAGCCAUUUUGCCUGGUCGAAGCAAUGCCUCAUCAGUUGCUGAGCGGUGUGAACGAAGAAGUGAUGCCCCUAGGAGCAUCAGCUCAAGACCUGCUCAGACUAGGUCUUCAAGCUCUGAUGACUUCAGACGAGGAUCUGAACUAUGCAACAGCAUCCGACCCAGCAGAACGUCGGGCUGCAGCUCGCAGCAAAGCAAAAGCAGCAGAUUCGGAGUCAGAGGAAAGCUCGGGCGAGGAGCUCGAGGAUCUGACAACUCAGCUCAAAAAGAGCUGGCUAGGAUCUGGUACUGCAGACGAAAAAGCUCGAAAGCUUCAGGACAGAGCCUCUUCCUCGAAGCAUCGGUCAAGGCGCUUUGCCCUGAUCGAAAAGAAGAAGGCAUCGAAGUCAGGCGGGACUCCAAGCCGCCAAGGACAAGAUGCUAUGAUUCAAGCUGCGAUGCAAACUGGAGACCCGCUCCAAGGUCUCUUGGCCCUUCAGCUUGCGCAAUCUCUCAAAAGAGAACGCAAGAGCAAGAAGGACAGAAGCAGUUCCAGGAGCCGAGAUCGGGACAGCUCUUCAGACAGCAGCAGCGGCAAGUCAGACGACCGUGCUGCCAAAGGACACUCCAAAGCGGUGUACAACUACCGGAAGUCUGGCAAAAAGAUGUUCCGCCAUCCUGUGAAGUACGUCCGGAGGUUUGCCAAGUCGGUCGAAGAGGAGCUGGGUGCCCAAGACAAACCGUUUCGGUUGACAGACUACACCAGAAGAAUCCACUUUGGGCGCGAGAAGAAUCUCCAAAGAGUCCACUACCUUCUGGCAACAAUACUAGAGUAUCUUCUGAGGGAAGAGCCCGAACGGGCAGCGUUGCAAACGGUUCUGACACUGCAAGCGGUGCACCAGGCGUCGCUCGACAACGGCGAGUGGGAAGUUGCGUGGCUCCUCACGCACGUCGAAGAUCCUUUCAAGCGAAAGCUUUUCGGAGGAGAUCCCGACAAUCUGCAACACGUGACAUCCUACCUUCGCAGCAUGAACGAGUUAGCAAAGACCACAGACAGCCUCAGAAGGAAAGGCAGUGGGAAAGGCGAAAGCGACGCAGAAGAGAACAAAGAAGGGAAAGGCCGCAAGAAAGGAUCAGACCUGGAUCAAGUUCUCCAUCCAUCCAAGAAGGGCAAGAAGGUGGGUGAAGCAAAGAAGGAUGAGAAGAAGGGUGGCAAUGAAGAUGUGGAUGAAGGGAAGAAGGAUGAGAAGGAGGGUGGCAAUGUGGAUGAAGGAAAGAAGGAUGAGAAGGAGGGUGGCAAUGUGGAUGAAGGAAAGAAAGCUGAGGAGGGUGGCAAUGCAGCUCACCAUCAGGUGAUCAUUCUCAUGAUGUGGAAGAUCCGUCAGACCCAUCAGAAGACCAUCAGCCUGGAAGAUCUCACAUGGGUAUGCAGCCAGAAGUGCACCUACAUGGAGAAGCGCAGCUCAGCCACAAUGAUUUUUCACAAGUUUGAUGAUGAGCUUGGUGAUCCAGCCAUCCUGGAGCAGCAGAUCUCAGAGCUGAAGCCUCUCCCAUCAGAGGCCAUGAGCAGAGGAGAGGCCUAUCAAGCUGAGUGGGACAUGACCAUCAGGUAUCAGCAGCUCAUCAGGAAGGUCUGCAAGCAGGAGGCUGGCAUGAAGACCCAGCAGAAGCUCUAUAAGCACUACAAGCAGGAGAUGAGCAACUGGGAGGCCCUGAAGGAGAAAGCUGAAGAAGAUGAUCAGCCAGCAGUGGUUGAGGCAGAGAAUGAAGCAGCAAAGAUCCUUGAGGAUGCAAAGCAGGCAGCUCAAAAGAUUUUAGAUGAGGCCUUGGAAAAGGCUGAAUUGGAUUCAGCAGGGCCUGAUGAAGCAGAAUUGGCACAAGAUGAGAAAGACGCAAUGAAGAGAUGGGCAGCUAGAGUAGGAAUUACACUGAGAAAGCUCAUCAGCUGGAUGAAUGCAAAGUACAUGCAGAAGGAGAUCAGCCAUAAGCUCAGCAGGAUUGAGGCAAAGGCAAGGGCCCAGCUCACCUAUCAAGCUGUUGACAGGGCCAUUUGGUUGAUGGGAGCUGCUGAUGAGAAGAGAUUGGAUGAGGCUGGAGUAGUAGCACAGCCAGAAGAAGUGAUCAAGAACAGGAAGAACCUCAUCAUCACCAUGAGUGAUCAGGUGCCCCUAUGGGCCAAAGCAGUCCAUAAGAAGAUCAUCUUCUCAGAGGAUGAGUUGGCAGGAAUGAGGUAUGAAGACAGGAUCAAUUUCAACCAGAUCAGGAAAGAGAUAGAGGCUGCACAGAACAAACUAAAGGCACAGGACCAAGUCAUCCAUGCAGAUGAGGGCUAUGAGGAGGCAGGGCAGAAGAAGAAAAAGCUGGUGGCAGGAAUGAAGCGCAUGAGGCAUGACAGCCAUGAGGAGAAAUACCGCAUAACCUAUGAAGCCAGACAGAAGAUAUAUGGCAUAGUGGGUGAUGCAGGUGAGAAGCUGAUUGGAGAAGUUGGAAAGGGCCUUUUGGUCUUCAGUGGCCCUCAUCAAAGGCUAAGCAAUUUGGAUGAUGAAGGAAAGUAUAUAGAAGAUGAUCAGUUCCAAGUGGGUGAUUUCAUCAUCCAGCACAAGAAGGGAGAGCAGUGCAAGUCCAUGAAGGCCUUCAUCAAGUUGAGAAAGGAACAUCCAUCAUGGUUCCAGAAGAUCAGUGUGAUGCAGCAGCCAUCAUCAAACCUAGACUCCAUUCUGAUGAAGUGGGUUGCAAUUGAGCAAGGGUCCAGUGAGCCAGCAGGAAUCAACAUAAAGGACAGCUUUACAGCCAACUUUGCAGAGGAGGUCAUGCAGUGUGAGCAUGUGCUGAAUCAGAUGUCAGUCCUCAUACUGGGGGGAAUGACAGCACAGCUGCAAGUCACAGACACUGAUUUUGCAAGAGCUUUCAAGCAUCAGUUCGCCCAUGAGCUUGAUUGCAUGAGAGUGGAGCAUAAGAAGGAGCAUGGGUCUGAGAAGGGUUUCAGCAUUGGCUAUGAGCAAAUCAUGAGGGCAGCAAUUGCCAGCCAAGACUACAUGCAGGUCAUGAAUGAGAAGACUGACUGGGUGGUCAAGGGUGCAAUCAGGAAUGGGCUGAUAGCAUACAGGGCCACUCCAUCAGGGCAGCUCCAAGACAUCAGAUCAGAUGAGUAUCUCAUGGGGAGCAAGAGAAUCCCAGAUGCAUGGCUUGAGCAUAGGUAUGCCUGGCUGAAAGAUGGAGUGCCAAUAGAGCCAGAUUUCAAUCUUUCAAAGGAUGCAGCUGCCAUCACAGACCUCAUUGAGUGGAGCAAUGCCAACCCAAAGAAGGAACCAGAGAAUGACAAAGAUGAGGGCAGUGAUGAGGAGGAAGAGUUGGCCAUCAAAGCCUCAGAUCAGAUCAGCGAUGAGUUUGAGCCACCACCACCAGAGGUGCCAUCAGAGGUGAUCAAGGAGCAUCCAAAGGUGGGGAGCACAGUCAGAGUGAUCAAAGAACAGGCUGGCGUCAGUCGCUAUGGCAAGACAGGCAGUUUGAGUGACAUGAGUGGCAGCAAGGCAACAAUCUUCUCUGCAAAAGGUUCCAUUUCAACAGACAUCAGCAACAUAGUUGUUGAGAAUCCAGAAUGGAAGCCUCCAGCCAAAUACAAGACUUUGAGCUAUGUGACAAGGAAACAGCUUCAGGCCAUGCUAGAUGCAGCAGGUUGCAUCCCACAACCAUGGGUGGAUGAUCACCAUCCACUGUUCAAGCUUGAGAAAGAUAAGUUUUUGGAGGAUCAGCACCUGGUAGCAGCAUGGCAAUUCAUGCAGGACCAGCUCCAGAUCCCAAGCACUGUCCAGCUGCUGGAUCCAGUUCUGACAGCGAAGAUGGCUUUGGUUCAGGAAGAUGCAGAGUUAGAUCAAGUGAAGGCCCACAUUGUGAGCUUGACAUCAGGUGUAUCCACUCUCCUGAUCCCAAUACAGGCAGCAGGGCCCCACCAUUGGACCCUUUUGAUCAGAGAGGAGGGAACAUGGAGUUUUUUUGACAGCCUCAAGAAGCAGCAUCAGGCAUGCUCUGAGGUAGCACAGAAGGUGAUGAGCUUGAUUGAAGGGAAGGAUUCAGUGCUGCCAGCCAGGCACAAUGCAGCCUUUCAGAAAGAUGCAGAAUGUGGCUUCUUUGUGCUUGCUGAGAAACUGAUCAAGGACAAGGAGAAUGCAGAGAAAAGAGCUGAGUCAUUGAGCCAAAAGCAGGAUAAGCUCAGAGAGCAAGCCAAGCAAAAAUUGAGCAAGUUGAAGGAUCAUAAGAGCGCUUCAGCUAUUGCAGCCAUGGAGCUGUUGUAUCAGAACUCAAAGCGUAUCCCCGAACCACCAGACAAACCUAGUGACCUCACCACAGAGAUCUUCGGACAGCAGAAUAGUGGCGAGAAGACUGACCUAUGGUAUGCCUUUUCAGCCCUGCUUGUGGUGGGGUUCAUGGGCUUGCUCCGGCCUGGUGAACUGCUAAGGCUGGCUGACAACUCGCAGCUCAAAAUCAGGUCACUAGAGCACUACAUCCAAGUGGCGCGCGCUGAACAGAUUGCAUUGACCAUUUCGCCUGACGCCUCCGCAAGAUUGAAGGCUCUACUUGCAAGGUUUUCAUUUUUGCUAGUGCUGCCUCAAUUCUUCGCAAGCCGAAUCCCAAAAGAGCACAUCGUGACCAGUGAGGCGCCUCAGGGCGCCGCAGAGACGCCAGAGACUAGCGCUACAACGACCUUGAUGAGAUGUGUGCGGACCUUGGAAGGUCAUACUGAUGCUGUGAACUCGGUCUGCUUUGCGCAGUGGCGCUCGCUGGAGCUAGAAGAGGAGGAAGAGACUGAAGCGCAGACCACAAAAUGGUGGGCGGCCUUUGUCAUCAAGGCUGCAGGCUUCAGCUGCACGCAAGAUGCAAACAAGAAGGCUGUUAUCUCCGAGACCUUCCGUCAUCUCCACGAUUUCACUGCUCAAGUGAUUGGGAUCUGCAAGAAUGCCACCACUGAUGUCUAUCAGCGUUUCAGCGGCUACGCGGCUCGCCACCGACGAGCUUUGUUUUGCGAGCGUGUGUUGGCAGUGCUGGAUAGCCUCCAAGCUGCAGCUACGGCCAUCAUAUGCACCGAGCAGGCAGCUGCUAAGCCAAAGGAAGCCAUCGGAAGGAUGCAAGAUCUGCUUCUGGAGCUGAAGUUCCUGCUUCAGGACCUCAAUGCAUAUGGUGAUGGGAGCCUGCUGGAGGUGGUGGAGCAACAUUUGUCAGCAAUGGCAAACUCCAUAAACCACGCUGACAGUGGCGCUGGCGCAGCAGCCACUGUCCUGACAGCAGCGGGGCCACCCCAGGACGAACUUCAUUUUUGA